AACCCAAGAACCAAAAUGACGGUUCUAUCCUCAUCGGUUCCCAAAAACCGCCGCCCUCCUCGAACCCCGCUCCUCCCUCAGAAGUCCGACGACGAAUCUUUCGAUGCCCACGGAUCCGGAUUCGAUGGCGCCUCUAAUUCAGGAGCCGUCUUCAAACUCUCCACCACCAUUGUCGGAGCUGGAAUCAUGGGCCUCCCAGCCACAGUCAAUCAACUCGGCUUGAUCCCCGGUCUCCUCACAAUCAUAUGCGUCUCUAUGUUAACCAAAUCAUCAAUCGAUAUGAUCCUCAGGUUUAGCCGUGCCUCCAAGUCCGCUACCUAUUCUGGCGUAGCCGCCGACGCUUUCGGUGCACCCGGCUGUAACAUCCUUCAAGCCUGCAUCGUCAUCAACAACUUGGGGAUGCUCGUUGUUUACAUGAUCAUCAUAGGUGAUGUGUUAUCGGGGACUUGGGAAGAUGGGUUCCACCACAGGGGAUUAAUGGAAGAAUGGUUCGGGGAGCAUUGGUGGACCACUCGUUCGGCUUUACUCUUGCUCACCACACUUUUCGUCUUCGCUCCUCUCAUUUCAUUCAAGCGCGUUAAUUCACUGAGAUACAUAUCAACAUUGUCGGUUGGCUUAGCGCUUGUGUUUGUGGCAAUCACGGCGGGAGUUGUGGUUGUUAAGUUGAUCGAAGGCAAAAUCGGAAUGCCUCGACUAAUGCCAAAACUGGUUAACCAGGCAUCGUUUUGGAAGCUUUUCACCUCUGUCCCUGUUGUAGUUACUGCUUAUAUAUGCCACCAUAAUAUACUCCCAAUAGAGAAUGAACUGAAAGACUCUACACAGUUGAAGUCAAUAGUUAGAAAGUCCCUUGCAUUAUGCUCUUCUGUCUACAUUGCUACCAGCUUUUUCGGAGUAGUCCUCUUUGGGGAUCAUACAAUGGAUGAUGUGAUUGCCAAUUUUGAUGGCGAUCUCGGGAUUCCAUAUAGUUUGUUGCUUGAUGAUCUGGUUAGAGUGAGCUAUGGCCUUCACCUGAUGCUUGUCUUCCCAAUUGUGUUUUUCUCCCUUCGUCUCAACGUAGAUGGCCUUUUACUUCCAUAUGCCAUUCCUAUUGCUUUUGAUGACAGGAGGUUCUUCUCGGUAACAGUAGCUCUUAUGGGAUUUAUACUUAUGGGAGCCAACUGUGUUCCUAGUAUCUGGGAUGCCUUCCAGUUCACUGGUGCAACUGCUGCAGUUUGUGUUGGCUUCAUCUUUCCGGCUGCAAUCACCCUGAGGGACACCCAUGGAAUUGCAACAAAGAAUGAUAGACUAAUAUCAUGGAUGAUGAUCUUUCUUGCAGUCUCAACUAGCACAGUGGCGGUGACUAGUGACAUUUAUAGCCUUUUUUUUAGCGUCGACAAAGGAAUUACAUCAUAGUAAGAUGGAUGUAUGCUUAUCUGGGUGCAUUGAGAUAGUCGGAAACUCGAUCUGAUUUGAUGAAUGGGGGGUCACUGGUAUCUCAAUCGAUAUUAUGAGCCUAUAUAUAAGCUUUGAAAAAUAAGGGAAUGAAAGAAUGGGAAUUAUAUAGUUUGAUAAAAAAAAUAUUUUUUGGUGUAACAAGACUUGAAUAAUGCAAUAUUGAUGUCAUUGUGUUGGGUUGUUCUGUUUUUCUG